GUUCAUCUGGAUUCACAGAGUAGGUGUUUCUAUUCAAACAUGCAGGCUCUUUUCUUUAUCCGGGACUUGCAGCUUGAUUUUCAGGCUGUUCUUGGUUUGAAGGAGUUCCACCAAGGAUCCAUCCUAACUGCCUGCCUGACUGGCUUCUUCCUUCCUCUUCUCUCACUAGCUGUCCCCCUCUGGCCCCCUGGCUCGCUCUGAGACCCCUCCCAUCCUCCUCCUCCAGCCUUCUGGGCAGGACAGGUGUUUCAGUUUCUUUAAGUGAAAUAUGAAACAGAGAAGCACCAUUUCUGCCUCAAGACGCAUGUAAAGAGGUGUAGAUUCAGAUGUUCUAAACGUCCCUGCCAUCUGGUUCAGAUGGAGUCCUCAGGCAACCCAGAGAGCACCACCUUUUUUUACUAUGACCUUCAGAGCCAGCUAUGUGAGAACCAGGCCUGGGUCUUUGCUACCCUCGCCACCACCGUCCUGUACUGCCUGGUGUUUCUCCUCAGCCUAGUGGGCAACAGCCUAGUGCUGUGGGUCCUGGUGAAGUAUGAGAGCCUGGAGUCCCUCACCAACAUCUUCAUCCUCAAUCUGUGCCUCUCAGACCUGGUGUUCGCCUGCUUGUUGCCUGUGUGGAUCUCCCCAUACCACUGGGGCUGGGUGCUGGGAGACUUCCUCUGCAAGCUCCUCAAUAUGAUCUUCUCCAUCAGCCUCUACAGCAGCAUCUUCUUCCUGACCAUCAUGACCAUCCAUCGCUACCUGUCGGUAGUGAGCCCCCUCUCCACCCUACGCGUCCCCACCCUCCGCUGCCGGGUGCUGGUGACCAUGGCUGUGUGGGUAGCCAGCAUCCUGUCCUCCAUCCUCGACACCAUCUUCCACAAGGUGCUUUCUUCGGGCUGUGAUUAUUCCGAACUCACGUGGUACCUCACUUCGGUCUACCAGCACAACCUCUUCUUCCUGCUCUCGCUGGGGAUUAUCCUGUUCUGCUACGUGGAGAUCCUCAGGACCCUGUUCCGCUCACGCUCCAAGCGGCGCCACCGCACAGUCAAGCUCAUCUUCGCCAUCGUGGUGGCCUACUUCCUCAGCUGGGGUCCCUACAACUUCACCCUGUUUCUGCAGACGCUGUUUCGGACCCAAAUCAUCCGGAGCUGCGAGGCCAAACAGCAGCUAGAAUACGCCCUGCUCAUCUGCCGCAACCUCGCCUUCUCCCACUGCUGCUUUAACCCGGUGCUCUAUGUCUUCGUGGGGGUCAAGUUCCGCACACACCUGAAACAUGUCCUCCGGCAGUUCUGGUUCUGCCGGCUGCAAGCACCCAGCCCAGCCCCGAUCCCCCACUCCCCUGGUGCCUUCGCCUAUGAGGGCGCCUCCUUCUACUGA